UACCACCGCCCCACCAACACCAGGCACAACCAACAUCACUACCACCAGCAGGGCCAGCACCACCAACACCUCUCCCGCUCCGACACAAAGCACAAGCACCAUUACUACACCAACACCAACCGAGACCACCUCAGCCAGCAGCACCAGUAGCACCUCCAGUAUCACUGCUGGAAGCACCACAUCGUCCACAGCCACGUCUGCAACAACAAAAACCUCCACUGUGGCAACAGAGACUCCAACGUCAAGCACUACUGCGUCCACCCUCACCCAGUCCACAGUGA